AUGGAGUCUAGCACUGCCUUGGAGUCUGGCACUCCCCUGGACUCUGAUAUUCCACGGAAGUCACUAGCGUCUGGCACUCCACUGCAGCCUGGCUCCCCGCUGGAGUGUGGCCCUCCGCCGGAGUCGGGCGCUUCACUGGAGUCGCUGCCCCGCGAACUGCUGCUGGCGGUGCUGGCCUACGUGCCCACCGAGCAGUUGCUGCCCUUGCGGCUGCUGGGCCGUCGCUGGAAGAAACUCAUCCUGGAGGAGCCGCUGUGGCGCCACCGCCGCCUGGACAUCCCUGUAGCAGUUGACGACAACGCGCUGUUCGCGGCCAUCCUGCGCAUGGCCCCCGCCCUGGACACGCUGAAGCUGAGGACGGGCUACAUGAGGAGUUCUCAAGGACUCGCUUAUCUCAGGGCUCUUGCUCAAGGCAAGUGCAAGAUCCGCUUCCUGGAUCUUCACUUUGCAGCUAGCGCGGUUUCGAACAAGCUGAUAUCAACUGUGUUCUCCAGUCGUCGCAACACACUACAAAAGCUCCACAUAGUCCUUUACGGCCUUGUGCUUCACAGUAACCUUGUGCCAGCAUUGAAAGCCAUUGACGCUUUGACGGAGCUGAAUACGUUAAGACUCGACGUUUCAUGCGGCGCGUAUCACGGUUUUUCCUUCAAGAAUCUUCGCCUGUCGAAUCUGCAAAUCUCAUGCGUUCUGGACAAGGAUUUGGCCCGUGAUCUCAUCCACCUCGGAAGAAACAGUCUGAAGACGAUCAAAUGUUUCUCAAGAAUGGACAAGCUGAAGACGGAUUUCGUGGUAUGCAAGAAUCUGACUCACCUCGCACUCUACGAAUGGUUUGACGGGCUCGAUGAAGUAGUCCCACAACUGCCUCUCCUUGAAUUCAUCACAUUUUACGUCUCUAGUAGUCUUUCUGAGUCAACGGCGAACUGGUUGCAGUGGGCCCACAGAAACUUUGCCGGAAAGAUCCAUUUCGCUGUGGAACAUUACAGUGCUGAUCAUUCAUCUCUUAUUUCAUCGGCGGACAACCUCCGCAACGUCCACCGUGUGACACUAAAUAGAGGCGACCUCGAGCAGGUAACCCCACCAGCGCUCGUAGCAAGGCUCUUGAAGUCCCUGACCGCAGUGGAGCAGCUCGUGCUGAAUUUCAGGACAGACUUUGAGAGCUUGCUGCUUAGCUGGCCAGCCUCGACUGUUCCUCGACUGCAAUGCCUCUCUGUCCGUUCAAAAUACCGAAAGAAACCAACUGCGUUCCGGAACUCUUUCAUGCAAGCUGUUCAAAAAUGGCGUCCUAACCUGGAGUUGAAAUUCCUCUAGUUACUUUUUAAAAAAA